CGCGCGCACGCACCUUACGAGAGCGUGACCGCGCGAAACAAAAUGGCGGCGGCCACAAGAGAAAGAAGCUGAGUUCUAUUACAGAAUAUUCUCUAGAAUACAGUUUUACAAAGUCUGACCUCGUGCUUCAGUGACAAUGAACCUGAAGAUGGUCAGCAGCCAGCCCAAGUAUGACUUGAUCCGGGAGGUGGGCCGUGGCAGUUACGGGGUGGUAUAUGAGGCUCUGGUACGCAGGACCUUUCAAAGAGUGGCAGUGAAGAAAAUACGUUGUCAGGCGCCAGAGAAUGUGGAACUGGCAUUGCGUGAAUUUUGGGCUUUAAGUAGUAUUCAAAGCCAGCAUCCAAAUGUGAUCCAUCUAGAGGAAUGCGUGCUGCAAAGGGAUGGCACAGUUCAACGAAUGUUACAUGGGUCCAGUUCAGCACUUUACCUGCCGUUGGUAGAGACAUCUCUAAAGGGUGAGAUUGCCUUUGAUCCACGCAGCACCUACUGUCUGUGGUUCGUGAUGGAUUUCUGUGAUGGAGGAGACAUGAAUGAGUAUAUCCUGACCAGAAGGCCAAGCCGCCGCACCAACACCAGUUUCAUGUUGCAGCUGAGCAGCGCACUUGCAUUCCUGCACAAAAACCAGAUCAUUCACCGUGACCUCAAACCUGACAAUAUUCUUGUAUGCAAGUCCCGUGAUGGAAUAGAUGAACCUACUCUUAAAGUAGCUGACUUUGGUCUUAGUAAAGUAUGUUCCAGCUCUGGUCUGAACCCAGAGGAGCCAGCAAGUGUCAACAAGAGCUUUUUGUCUACUGCCUGUGGCACGGAUUUUUACAUGGCUCCUGAGGUCUGGGAAGGGCACUACACUGCUAAAGCAGACAUCUUUGCACUUGGCGUUAUUUUGUGGGCUAUGCUGGAGAGAGUUACAAUUACAGACACUCACACUAAGAAAAGACUGUUGGGUGGUUAUGUGCAACGUGGAACCCAGGUGGUGCCUGUAGGACAAGCUCUACUUGAAAACCCCAAAAUGGAACUUCUUCUUCCCAUCAAGAAAAAGUCCAUGAAUCGACGUAUGAAGCAGUUGCUGCACCAGAUGCUCUCUGUCAACCCCCAGGAACGUCCAGAUGCAUUCCAAUUGGAACUGCGACUUAUUCAGAUUGCUUUCAGAGACUAUACAUGGGAAACGUGACAUCCACCACAUCACAGGGUGGGAGGAUUGGGGGUCUUUGUGGCAGCUUGUAAUGGAGAGUUGACUACUCUGUAUUUUUAAUCACAUGACUAGCUCAAUAGUUUGAUAAUGUCUCAAAUUUGAUAUGCAGAAGAGCAAGACAACCAUAGGUGGCCUCACCAACUUGCUACUUGAUUAUCUGUGUUUUAUCACGUUCUUCACAUUGUAUCAAUAUAUAUUUUGGCUCUCUUACCUGUAUAGGGGACUGUAUUACUGCUUUUGAUGUAAAACAAAAGGGCUUACAUAUCAUUAUUUCUGGUUGGACCAUAGAAGUGUGAAAUUCAGAUAAUAAGAAUACGGUCUUAUUGUAAAUACCACAAGCCUGAUUAAAUGUAGGUAAAUGGUAACUACCCUUCCUGGGUAAUUUACAGAGUACAUCGCAGUUAGAAAAGGGGAUAAAGUUGCACAUUCCAGUGGCAAUUAUAUGCUCCCUCAGAAUAGUUAUAUCAGCUACUGUGUGAUGAGGUGAGUGCGUGUAUAGAUAACUGGCUAUUUAUUAAUACUUAAGGGUAAGAUGGUUUCUCCUUUCAUAUGCAGCAGGAUGAUUGCAUUUUGCACUGGUGUGUUUCGCUUAAAGGUUGGACAACCUGUUUUGUAUAGAAAAUAGAAUGUCGCUUUUUUUUAACAGAAGACUCGUGCUGCAUAAGAUUGUAAGUAUCAGGAUCUGGGCUGUGACAUUAGUAUGGAAAGAAUAGUGUUUGGGUGAGUGGCUCUGUGUAAAGUUUGCAUGAAUAUUUUUUUCCAGUCUGGGAUAGUAUUUUCUGUGCUGACGCAUGAACUCUUAUCAAGGACUUACCUCCAAGGUUUGUGGAAACUGUUAAAUGACCACCUACGAGAUAUCUAUGAUCUAAAAAUUAAGUUUGGUGGAAUGCACUGCUAAACAGCACCACCUCAUUAGAAGGGAUAAAAACAUGCCCUACACAAACCUCAGACCACCAUUUAACAUGAGACGCAAUUUCACUUUAUAUGUAAUUCACAAACAUUUUUUUAUUUUUUUUAAAUAUGC